ACAUGUGCACAUGGUGGAUUGAAAUAUGAAAGAGAAAAUUUCAUCGGGGAAAAAAAGAAAACAGAAAGCAGAUAAAAAAGGAAGUAACUCUCCCAUUAAAAAGAAAAAACAAGAAGAUGAGAAAUAUACAGAAAUCAGAUUUAAAUUUGAGCUUAGGGAUCCAAAUCUUACAUUUUUAGCUUUGGAUAAGUUUGUUAAGCAGGCAGAGGAACAUGGCAUAGACAGCAGUGAGUAUGACAUUGUGACCGGGUACUGUAGGUCGUCACCAGAGUGUGCCGAGAUACUGACGCUGCUAGACGGGGGCAAAAGAAAGGAGAAAGAGCUGCAUAGCAUUUUUGGUGCAUUAGAAGCCAUAGUGCUGCGCCUUUUAGAUGACUUGAGGCUAACUAAGCAUGCUCCUGUUGGUAAAGUCAUUCUUCAGAAGAUCUUGUCGGUGGGCAUGCCGUCCGUUUACUUUAUGUUGGGACCUCAGGUGAGGGCGUCAGCUGUGAAGACUGCCCUGAGGAUGCUGGGGGCGCUGGUAAUGCUGGGAGAAAGCGGGGCCAAGUCUCUACUCUCACAGCUAGACACCUCCCACAAACAUAUCCAGUCUUUGUUCAAUAGGAGGGACUUCAAGGAUCCACAGGACGUAAGGACGUGCCUGAUUCACUUUAUUAUGGCUUUUCUUCUGGUGGGGAGUGACUCUGUCAUACAGCAGCUUAUAAACAUAAAAGGAUUUCUGAACUCCUUGUCUACUGGUCUGACAAAGGAUAAAGCUGCAAACAUUAAACUGAUCUUAAAUACACUAUUGGAAAAGGUUGUUGAGAAUGAAGCCAUUACAAAAACUCAGAAGUUGCGGCUGUUUAAUGACUACUCCCUGGGUCAGAUCAGUCAGCUGUAUAAAUGGACAGGUCACCCAGAACAAGGGGAGGGAACUAUCACAGAUGACAUAGAGGAGCUUGGAACACAUUCCAGUGAAGACAAAGAGAUGGUAGUAAAAUUGGCACAUAAACUACUAAUGGAGAUUUGUUGUUCUCACAAAAAUGGCAUUAACUUUUAUGACAAAACACUAGGGACAAGUGGAAAAAACCAGAAUCAGUUAUUGACCAAUUUCCUGACAUCUGUGUCUAAGACUGUUGAGGGAAGGGAAGUAGAAGAACUAAUUUGUCAGAUUCUUAAAACAUGCCCAGAUCAGAUCCAGCAUUACCUCCCCUGUUUGAUCAAGAACAUACCACCAAGACCCACCACUAGAUGGUGCUCUACCAUGAACUUUCUCUGUGAGAUCUACAAACAUCAGCCAGACAGCCCAGUUGUCCUGAAGUCUAGUCAGCAUCACUCACCUGUAAAAUUUGUGGAGAUGGUCAUGGUUCACUUGAUACCCAUACCUGCAAUUCUAACACCCGUUCUGCAGUCUGUUAAGCACCCCCAUUCCAGCGUUCAGUAUUUUGGGAUGAAGUUUCUUGGAGUCCUACUCCAGAAGUCUGUGAACUUUCUGCACUGCCUUAAUGAGGGGAGUGUGAAGCCUUCAUCUUCUGUUUAUAACCAAUCAGAGAGGCAGGAAAUUGUAGAACUCUUCAAAGAAAAUAUUCUAAAGAUAUUUCCAGAUUGCAAAUUGAUUAUGAGUUGUUGGAGGGAUCUGUUGUUUCCUAAAAAGUCAUCAGAGCAGAAAACCACUCCUGUGAAGGGGUCAGAGGUUAACAGUGAAGAUAAGACGGAUGAGAAACAUCUUACAAAAGAGGAAGGUAUUCCAGAAAUUCUGAGAGCAGAUCACAUGGUGGAGAUAGAGAAAGCUCUGUGUCUUCUGCAAGAGUUCUCCCCAUCUGUCCUAGUGGAUAAUACAGGGGACAUAAGUAUGUUGUUGGAGGGUGUCAGGAAAACCUCAGAGGAGUUAUCUCCUCUUGAAAUCCCUGGGAAGAGUGGGGAUGCUGCCAUGGAGAUUGAAGAGAGGUCACAUGACCAACAGAGGGCGCUGUUACCCCAGCUGUAUUUGUUGAAGCUCCUGGCUGGUACGGAUGCUCGUAAGCUGCCUUGGACUCAACAGAGUCCAGAUGGCCAUUCUUUGAUUUACCUGCUCUUAGAUAUGUUGUCCAAAAUAUCGGACUCUAAAAUGCUGAACAAAGUGGAACACUUAUUAGUCCAGCUUCUACAUGGUACUGGAUUGUUUGAACAUCAUAUCAGGGAGUUGGAACUCUGGAUCAAGCACUUCACCAUGUUUCCUCAUAAACAGGUCAUACUGAAGUCUUUGGCUGGAAUGUUCACUACCUACAUUAGCAACUCCAUGUCAUAUGUGGACAGACUUUGUAUUCACAUAUCAAAGGUCAUUUCCUUGGAAACAGACAAUGUUGCCAUGGAAAAGAGAAAUUCCACAAGUUUUGACAAUGCAUUGAAAGCUGUUCUAGAAAUGGAUGAAGGAGAUUUUGACAACAUAACUGUUGAGGUGGAAACUACCUCAGAAACUAGUUUAAGACUUCCAUUUACACCAUUGAUUAUUGUUGCCUUGGAAAUCAACAAGAAAACCAUGGAAACUGAGAAAGAAGGUCCGGAGACAUCAGAAUUCAGCCAGUAUCUGUCAGGCGUACUUAUUGACAUUCUUCAUUCUCAAGUUGAACCAGUGACAAUAACUAAACUAGUCAUGGAACUCCAUGGGGAAACAAUAAGUGCAGAUGUACUAAAAUACAUGGAAUCUUUACUCAAACCUGAAAAGAAAAAAUUGAAAAAGAAGUCUGUGAAAGUGAAGAUAAAUAUGGAGGGUCUGUAUUUCACAGCAAAACCUGUUUCCCAAGAGUUGAUGAUGGUGAUGUUCUGUAAAGAUGCUGUCGACAAGACAAGAGAGACAAUCAGGAAUGAACUAAAAUCUGUCAGUCUGACUGAAUUGGAUACAGUUGUCAGUCAGGUUCUUCUGUAUUGUGGAGUUUUACUAAAAACACAGAAUACGGAAGACAUUGAUUUACUUAAAUUUUGCUGGGAGAUGUUAAAUAUUAUAAUGACUGCUAUGAGGAAUGAUGGAACUGUGAAUGAAUCUGAAGUGAUGGAAUCAGAGGAAUCACAAAAUGAACCAAAUCUAAACAUCAAAUUCAUAGAAAUUCCAGAAAAGUCCAGAGAAGAAUACUUAUCUGACAUGUUACAGAAGAUUUUAAUGCACUCCUGUGUUUUCUCUUUUUUUUUAUUUCCCUCUGGGGAGAUAACUCUUGGCAGAUCAACAAGUGCUUGUGAGGAGAUGGUGGUCUGUACUACUCAAGGCUUGUGUAGUAUUUUGAAAAAGGUGGAAUCACUCCCUCAGAAAACACUGUCUAAAGAGCUGGAUGGAUAUUUUAACAAGUGUCUGACUCUGUUAACUGACAAAAAGUAUUCAAAAAGUGCUACGAUGACAACACAUCUGAACAGUUUUCUACAGUCCACAGAGACUUUCAUCAGCAAAGAACAUGUCAACAAAUUACUGUCAGUCCUACUUUCACUUUCUAUAUCAGAUUUGACAAGCGUUAAAGCUAGGUCACUGAUGGAAAAAGGCCAGGUUCUCCUUACCCUCCUUAACAGUAUUAAUGACAAAGAACAAGCCACCAUACCAGUCCUAAACUUCAGUAAAUUCCAAACUCUGUUCACCCUCCUUGAACAUUUGGAUGUUGUUGACCUAGAAACUGCAUGUUUCAAUGUAUUAACCCUUUAUCCCAUAGCCUCAGUAGUUAUGCCAAAACGUGUGUUCAUAAAAUGCUUGGAAUCUGAUUCUGUAUUGAGAAUGGAGAUAUUGUGCAUUGUGGUUUGUCAGAAUGUACUGGCUAGGGAGUGGUUUGAGUCUUGGAUCAUUGAUAGAAACUCAGUGGAUCUAAGGCCUGAUGUUUUACCAGUGCUGCUUCAGUGCAUUGAGAUGAAUCCCAAAAGAUUAUUAGAGAGCAAAAAAUUUCUUUGUCAAACUUUGAAAAUGUGUGAGAAUUGUUUGCAUCUUCUGGAGGAGAAACAAGGCAUCCCAUUGGAGGAUAAUAACCAAUCAGAAACAGCUGGAGUAAGGAAAAACUCAGCUGAAAGAAUAAAAUGGCUAACUCUGAAACUAGACAAAAUGGGAGUUUUAGAUAAUACCUUGAAAGGGAAAGUCAUCACCCUCAUAUCAACAUUAAUGACAGACACAAGAAAUCUGUGCCCUCUUCACAUUGACCUGCUAUCCCAGCUGUGUGGAAAUCCAGAGGACACAAAGAGGCGGAGUUUGUUGUUAAGGAACUGUCAAUCAUGUCUUCUUCUCAGGCUGAAAAACAAGCAAACCAGAGAAGAAAACGGGAUAGAAUCAUUGCUGAUUGCUCUUUCUUCCUUCAGCCAGGAUGAAAUAAGAGACCUCUACAAUACUAACUUGAUAAAAGAAUGGCCGGAUUUCGUCAAAACUUUGUUGAGAUACAGAUAUACAGACAAGCUGACAUUACAGCUCCUGACCACACUGACAGAUGUUAUUUACAGAGAUCCUUCUGAGAUAGACACACCUGUAUCAUCAGACCUACCUGUAAAACAUCUACAUGAAAUGCUUAUCAGCCACUCUCAGUAUCUACCAAUUAUGUUCAACGAGGCUCACCCAGAGGUCAAAGAACCACUGGUGGAUCUAAUGACUUUACUGGUGGAGAAGGACCAGGCCUGUUGUCACACCCAACACAUUGGGGUCCUGCUGGGGGCCUACUCAGCCUCCCUGUCCUUUACUGAUCAGAAGAUUCUAAGACUGCUGUGUUUGUAUGAGCAAAAAAAGGCAGACUUAAAGAGCUACAGACCGUAUUUGUGGGGGAUGAAGGCGGUGGAGGUUCGCUCUGUUAAGAAGUCUCUGGGGGCCUCCCUGACUGGGCAGAAGACAGCAGAGGAGGUCAUGGGGUGUCUGGACCAGAGGAUCCUACAGACCUCCAUACUAAAACUGCCACUCAGGAGGAGGAUGCAGCCUGGCACAAUACAGGACGCUGAGCUGAUCAAGACUGUCCCUGAAGCUUACGAUCCCUGCUUCCUUCUCCCUGUCUUCAGUGAACUUGUCAGAUCUGAGUCAGUUUUAGAUUGCUGUAAGUUUGUAGAAAGCCAAUGCUUGUCUUUCACCUUUGCCUGCCUGAGUUGCCAUGACAGUGUGAUGCGGGGUGCAGCUUACCACAUUCUCAACAACUUCCUGUCCCAUUUGCAGGGUGCACGCUUCCCUGAGGCCCAGCAGGUUCUUUAUUUUGUGGAGCUAGUGAAGAACAGUAUAGAGACACCAAACACAAAGCUGCCAUGUAUCAUCACAUUGUUUCUGGCUAGAGUUGCCACGGAACUUCUUAAGCCAGAGGACCACAUGUACAAGAUGUUGAAUGCCUUUCUGUUGUUGAAGCCUGCUAUGGAUACAGGAAAUGUUCCAGAGUUCUACAAACUCUUCAACAGUUCAGCACCAGAGUACAAGCUAGAGAGAGGCUGGAUGCUUGGUUUACUGUCAGAGGGACUUAGAGAGACUGCAGAUUUCCACAUCUUUGAGAAGCGACAUAUCUUGAAGAUGUUGUUGUCCUACUAUGAGUCCAGUAUCAGUGACAACUCUACACAGCUUCAAGUACUGCAGAUUUUGAGAGCAGCUAGUCUUCUCAUCCUGUCUGUUCCUUGUAACCCCCGGAAUCAUGGGAUUUUAACCUGGUACUCUGCUAUGGUACAGGCAAAAUCAUUGCCUGCAGAGCAUUUGAAGAUACUGCUGGAGAUUCUACACAAUACCUGGAAAACAAUGCUGGGUGAAUCACACAGAACAGAGACAAAAGAGAAAACGGCCUCAGAUGACAAAACAAUGACAGACAACAACAGAGAGACAGACCACCAAACCCUGGUAGUGGAGGGAACAGUCUCACAUAGCAGUGAGGGAGUGGACAACAGAGUGAUGGAUAACCACACAGUGACAGAUGAGAAUAUGGAGAAUAAGCCUAGUCAGAGUCUGACAGAAAGGAAGCCCCUCCCAGUUCUGUUUACUAGUCAGAUGAUCAUUGUCAUCAAGCAACUCCUGGGUAAAGUCAGCACCGAGGUGAAAUUGGAAUCUUACUGUCAGCUAUUGGAGACCUUGCUAUCUGUCCUAGAUUACACUGAUUUCCCCAAGGAGGAAAACCAAGGUGUGCUUCACAGAAACCCUGAUUAUAACUUGACAAUUAGGGAGGCUUUAUUGUUGUUAGGCAACCUAUGUAACUAUGGUGACAACCUUGAGACUCUUCAAUGUGUGUCCUCUGCUUUAAAAUCUUUGAGGCUAGAAAAUAUUUCUGUGUUUAAAACUGAUAAAAAAUUAAUCACAAAGAACUCAGGUGAUUCAGACAGUUUUACUACACAGAGGAAUUCUGAAGAAAUGAAGAAAGUGAUUGAACUGACAUUAAAAUCAUUGAUUCGGUGGAACCCUUCUUAUUUGCUUAGCACUCAAUCAACGGAGAAAACUGUUCCUCUGUGUAUUGGAGCCAUCAUUAUUAGUUCAUGGCUUCUGAAACAAAAUCAGAAUGUGAUUGGUUGUAACUCAUGGGACCUCUUUGUUGAUUGGCUGCAUUCUGUUAUGAUGUCAUCUAGAAGUUUCACAGAAGUGUUAUUAGAAUGUCCAAAAGAAGGACAGAUUAUAUUAGAGGGCCUGUUUGGUUUGUAUUCUCAUCUCUAUAAUUGCAUUCCGCAUCUCAGUGAAGUGGAUGCCGUUAAUCAAGGGAAGAUAAAUCUUAAAGACAAAGAGUUAGUUUUAAAUGGCAGUUGGAGCAGGACAAUAGAGAAGCUGAAUGAAAUGGUUUAUCUGCUGUUUGAACUGAAAACUGAUAGCAAACAGAAGACUUGGAAGGAAUUCUCUUCUAAGUACAAAAAGAUAACAGAACCUGAGAACCAGUCAAUCCUUCUGAGACAGUAUUUGCUGCAGCACCUGAUAGGCUCAUCCUAAUUAAUCUCUACAGAAGACAUUUUGUUCAAUAGUUAUUCAAACUUUAAAAAAUAUAAUUCAUAAGUUAAUAUUUGAGUUUAUAUAAAAAAGGGAUAUGACAUGUAAAUUACUUUUUCAUAUACCUUUGCGAGUCAUCAUUUCAUGCCCAUUAUCUACUUAUUAAGGAAUAAAAGCAUAGAAGAGUA